AUGAAUCGUGCAUUUUGUUUUCCUUCAAGUCGGCGUCGAGGUGCUGCUUGUAAGGGCCGGGGACCAAAAGCCAGAAAUAAAAAUAAGGCUCUUGCAAUUGACGGACUUAACCUGUUACAUAAACAAACUGUGUUAUCAACUUCAUCAGCUGCUUCCAGUGAGAACAGUGUAAGUUGUAAUGACCGUUCAAUGACUUCCUUUUCUGAUGCCUAUUUUAAAUCUGGCUCUCAACCUCAUACAAUUGCUGCCCUUGAAGUACCUCCUGUAGUGCAACGAUUCUUUGACACUAUCAAGCAGCGCUACACUGAAUUUUUAAAUUAUAUGAAAACGCCCCAAUAUAAAACCUCUAUUGAACAACAAAUAGAAGUUGAACAGAAAAGAAAAUCAUCUCUAGAAAAUGAAGUACAAAAAUUGGAAAAACAAAUUUCUCAUUUACGCAAAGCCAGUUUACAACAGCUCAAAAAUCGUCUGGGUGAAGCGUAG